GAAAUGGACCCAAUGAAAGGAGCGCAGGAUAUCAUCAGAUGUGACGUCUGCUCAAACAAUGAGCGGGAAAAAUCUCCAGCGGAAGUCCACUGCAGUACGUGUCACACUAACGUCUGCAGCCCUUGUGUUGCAAGGCAUAUGGCAUUGGAUAAAUCUAAGAAACACGAUAUAGUUCUCUUUCAUGCUGCCAGCACAGAAAUUAUUUUGCCAUCAUGUUCUUCUCAUACCAAACUAAAAUGCGACUUGUUCUGCAAGAAAUGUUCGAUUCCGAUUUGUCUGAAAUGCCUCUCGUCCAAUCACAAUAGCCACAAUGUGGAAGAAUUGACUGAGUUGUGUCAAAAUAUCUACAAGGACAUUCAAAACGAAACGGAGGAACUGCAACAGUGCAUCAUACCAGAGCUUGAAAAAAUUUUAGGCGAGGAGGAUGAAAAACUCAGAAAAUUAAAUGAAGCAUACGACAAAUUGGAUUCAUCUUUUGAGGAGCACGGUAAAAACCUCCAUAGAAGAGUCGAUGCAGUUAUAUCCAAGUACAAAACCAAAGUCCAACAGAGAAAACAAACGGAUGCAAAGAUUCUACAACAGCAAAUGGAAGAAGUAAACGAAAUAUUGUCAGACGCAAAACAAGCUGCUGUCAAAAACGAAGCCCUUUUAAAGUCAAAGAAUGCCUCAAGUUUGAUUGUACGCAAUUCAAAAAAUGCAAAUCUAACUAAAGUUCCUAACCUACGAAACAUUAUACCUCCUAAUUUCACACUAAAGCCUAUUCCCGCAGAUUUUCUGGACAGUGUAAUAGGAGAAAUACCAGAUUCUCAGGUUCGGUUCACAGAAGAGUCCAUUAUUCAAACCAAUGAUAAACAAGAUGCCGCUGUUGGUGCAUCCUCAGACAGAGAGUUGCUAAAAUAUUCUUUCUCUACUCCAUAUAAGCGGCUUCACAGAUUAGCCUGUACACGUUCUGAGCAGAUAUGGACAAGUAGCAACGAAAAUACGUUAAGAUGUCUUGAUAUGUACACCGGUUCUAUUGUAGCUACAGCAGUCCUUGAUCUGAAUCCCAUUGCUAUAUGUAUCAAUACAGCUAAUGAGCUGUUAAUAUGUGACCGUACUACAGUUUACAAACGAGAGUUGACUGGGGUAAUAGUGCCAUGUUGCAGUGUUCCUUCCGGAUGGAAUGCCGAGGCUCUGGCAAAAUCUUCUGCACUUGCAGAGUCAUGCGGAUUUUUCCUGUUCCUUAGGCAUGACGACAACAGACAAAGUAAAGUUCUCCGAAUAGUCGAUGGCCAUCUUACAGGCCUAGUCCGAGGAGAAUAUCAGUAUGACAACCAUGGCAAAGAACUGUUCAACUCAAACUGCUACGAUUUCUUUCUUGCUGAAAACCGAAAUGGCGAUAUCUGUGUAUCGGAUACAUCAUCUUUGGUCGUGUUGGAUAGAAGGGGCAAAUUCAGAUUUAGAUACCACGGUAAGGUGUUUGAUACUUUCUACAAGCCCUUCCAACCGAGAGGCGUUUCUACCGACUCUCUGGGAAGUAUUUUUCUGGCGGAUCUGGACAACAGAUGUAUACAUGUGCUAGAUAAGGAUGGACGAUUCGUUCGCUAUAUUACAUGCGGAGGGUCGUUAGAUAAACUGUGCGAUGUGAGCUGCGACGAAAAAGGACGACUAUGGGUGGCGGAGAGACACACUGCUAAAGUCAAAUGCAUCGAAUAUCAAGUACCUAAUGGCACUAUGAAAGAAAUUUUCGACCAAAUUAGUAGAUUGAUUUAA